AUGUCCAAAAUAUAUACAGAAUGCAAGGUAUAUUGCCCAGGCUCUGACAACGAGGUAGAAACGAGGUAUGGGGAUGCUAACACUAACUUGCCCAUGAUGAUUACACACGAUAGUGCCAAUCAUGUAAUUGGUGAUCUAUUCUUCUGUCCUACAUGUCAGGGACAUAAAUGCACAGCAUGUUGCCAGGUGAAUAUCGAAAGUAAAUACUGCUCCAAUUGCAUGACAGAUUAUACUGAGUCAAAUGAAGUCGUAUGUACGAAAAGCUGUUUUAGCUGCCCAUUGUGUGAUUCAGGGUUGGCGAUAAGUGCUAUUGAUAGUCGGUGUGAUGACAAAGACGGUAAAAUAUUCAAAUUCAAAUGUUUAUAUUGUGAGUAUCAGUAUAGCACGGCUACAAUUUUGAAACCUAAAUCGUUGGUUAAUAUAAUUAGAUCUGAAAAAAAGAGUAGAGAUGGUGGAUAUGCAUCAUUAUUUGCCAAAUUCCAUGAAAACUUCGUUGAUCAACAGACACUAAUGAAGCUUGAAAACAAUCAGCAUAAGAUGAAAAAAAAUGUACCGCGGUUGUCCGGCGAAGUGUUGCAGAAGUUGAAGGACCUAGAAUUGUCUAAUUUGGCUGAUUCCAUGACAACCUCAUCAGAUGAAAUAGAGGUAUUGAGAAACAAAAUCAAUCAGAACGGGCUGGUCGCUAUUGAUGAAAACCAAGAUUUGGAUGACGUUUCUCAAAUUGCAUCCAAGGACAGUUUAGACAGUUUUGUUAAACUAGAGCAGCAAUCGAAGUACAGUAAUUUCUAUUCUACUAUAAGCAAUGGAUCGCUAGUAAGUAUACCGAAUAAAAUUUCGAAUCCCACAGCUGCAGACCAAGUACCGAUUCCGAAAAAACUAGUAUCCAAAAAGUCAUAUACGUGCUUGAAAUGUCGACAGGUUCUCUUUAUGCCACAUAAAGAACCCUCCCUGAUCAAAUUAUUGACGAAAUGGAAUGCGAUUGAUUUCUUGCCCAUGCUUAGGAUAUCCAGUUUAAUCAAUAAAGAAUACCCCAAGUCAUUACAAUUUGGAAACCUGUACGAUCUACUUAUUAAUGUGAUCAACCCCUUACCUGUUGAUAUUGAUAUGGUGAUAACUACAAUGUCUCAAGUAUCUCUGGAGUUUCUAUCUGAUCCACUGUUGAAUCUCCAAGUAACACUACCAGUGUCUCAUGUAAAGAUAAAAGGACAGAAACAAAAAAAGGAUCCCAAUUCAAUUGUCAAAUCAAUACCUACACCCUUUCUAACAAAGAAUACUAAGUUAUCCAGGACUGAAUUGAUUAUGCGUUUAGGCAAACUAAACUCAGCACGUAAUUCUAGUGAUGAUUCUUUCGAGGAAUCUGAUAUUACUGUGGAUAAAGGUGAUAAUUGGUGCCUGAUCCCAUUUAAUAUCAGCUUUGAAUCAUCAGGUCUACAGAAUUCGCUGGUAACUAUUAAAAUCCCAUUUUAUAUUACUACAAAAUCCCAAGUCCCUGAGUCCAUACAAAACUUAAAAUUACCAAAUCUGCAUCUUUCGUAUGGAUUUUGGACUGUUAUCAAUUUUGGUAGUUUUCUUAUUGAAAGUUAA